GUCUAUGCAGUCUACCUCCUGCACGGCGCAGGAGUCAUUCAUAGAGACAUUAAACCGGAUAAUUUCCUGAUGAACGAGAACGGACAAUGCGUUCUUGCUGAUUUUGGCCUGGCUUUCUACCCCAAGAACACCAGAGGUGUACCCUUCGAAUGCAGAACCACCCGCGGGUACUACGGGACGCCGGGAUACCUAUCCCCGGAACAAGAACGCAGGCAAGAUUACAAUUUCAAGAUUGACAUCUGGCAACUUGGCUGCGUCUGGGUCGAGAUG